CCCUUCCCAGCACCAGCGAUGACACAAAUGGACCACUGGGCUCUGCUCCAGCAGGCCUGAUGGAGGCGUGAAAGGGCAGAGGCCCCGUUCCUGCCCCAGGCACGGCAGGCGGGAGGGAGCGGAGCGCUUCGCAGUGACCUUGGUCACCCUCCUGCAUUAGAACAGGACUGCUCCGCGCCCUGGCUGUUUAGCAGGCUGUCUCUAUGGCUACCGGAAUAAACAGCAGAUAAUAGCGCAGCCGCCUCCGAGCAGCACUGCAGUCUGCAGACCAGGAGGGAGCAGGGCUUCUCCGGGUCGCCGGCCGCAGCUCAGCAGAGGCACUUCAGGCGGUCAGCAUGGCUGGAAGCACUGACGUGGCAGCGCUGGAAGAGAGCUUCCGGAAGUUUGCCAUCUAUGGAGACACCAAAGCUACAGGGCAAGAAAUGACUGGGAAAAACUGGGCCAAACUGUGCAAGGAGUGUAAAGUAAUGGACGGCAAAGGGGUCACCGGCACAGACGUGGACAUCGUCUUCUCCAAAGUGAAAGGGAAGACAGCCAGAGUCAUUGGUUACGAGGAAUUCAAAAAGGCCCUAGAGGAGCUGGCCCCAAAGAGGUUUAAGGGCAAGAGCAAGGAGGAAGCAUACGAAUCCAUCUGCCAGCUGGUGGCAGGGAAGGAACCGACCAACGUAGGCGUCACUAAAGCCACAACUGGCGGGGCGGUGGACAGGCUGACGGACACCACCAAGUACACGGGCUCGCACAAGGAGCGCUUCGAUGAGAGUGGCAAGGGCAAAGGGAAGAGCGGGCGGGAGAACAUCGUAGACACCAGCGGCUAUGUGGGGGCCUACAAGAAUGCUGGCACCUACGACGCAAAAGUGAAGAAAUAGGGACAACUGGAAGUGCCACCGACCCUCCCAGGUCCAGGCACCCCACAGCCUCUGGGCCUUCAAUCACAUCAGCCUUGGGAACUGGCCUUAAUGGCACAGGCCUCCUGAGACUGUGCUGGGCCUAGCUCCUAGCCACGGAGCCAAGGCUGAUAGGCCUCUUGUCACCAAGGGCUGAUGUGAUUAGAAACUGACCUGGCCUUGCACUUUGCUCCCAACAUUACAUCAGCUCCAGAUGUAUUGUGAGCCGUGUCCCUCCUGCUAGCGCUAACGAGACCUUCUCUCCCGUGCGCCCCCAGGGCACCACGCCCCUCCUGCUAGCGCUAACGAGACCUUCUCCCCCAUGCGCCCCCAGGGCACCACGCCCCUCCUGCUAGCGCUAACGAGACCUUCUCCCCCGUGCGCCCCCAGGGCACCACGCCCCUCCUGCUAGCGCUAACGAGACCUUCUCCCCCAUGCGCCCCCAGGGCACCACGCCCCUCCUGCUAGCGCUAACGAGACCUUCUCCUUUAGGCACCCCCAGGGCACCACGCCCCUUCUGCUAGCGCUAACGAGACCUUCUCCCCCGUGCGCCCCCAGGGCACCACGCCCCUCCUGCUAGCGCUAACAAAACCUUCUCCCCUAGGCACCCCCAGGGCACCACGCCCCUCCUGCUAGCGCUAACGAGACCUUCUCCCCUGUGUGCCCCCAGGGCACCACGCCCCUCCUGCUAGCGCUAACGAGACCUCCCCCGUGCGCCCUCAGGGCACCACGCCCCUCCUACUAGCACUAAUCCUCAUAGAAAUGGAAGGCACCUUGAAAGGUCAUCAAGUCCAGCCCCCUGCCUUCACUAGGCAGGACCAAUUUUUUUGCCCCAGAUCCCUAAAUGGCCCCCUCAAGGAUUGAGCUCACAACCCUGGGUUUAGCAGGCCAAUGCUCAAACCACUGAGCUAUCCCUCCCCCCAGAGGGAGACCUUCUCCCCCGUGCGCCCUCAGGGCACCACGUCGCUCCUGCUAGUGCCAACCAGACCUUCUCCCCAUGCGCCCUCAGGGCACCAUGCCCCUCCUACUAGCCCUAAUGAAACCUUCUCCCCGUGUGCUCCCAGUUCACCACGCCCCUCCUGCUAGUGCCAACCAGACCUUCUCCUCCGUACCUCUCACAAGGCCGCCACAUUCCUCCCACUCGCUGCAAUGAGGCCUUCCCUUACUCAUGCACUGGGUGCUUGCCUGAAUCUCUUCCACUAGUGAGGUCUUCUACUCACUACAGAUGCCAAUAUCCCUCCUGCUAAUGACAGAUGUGCCUUUUCCAACCCUAUGUCCCUUCAGCUAAGGCCAGGUCUACACUAGGAAGUUUGGCUUGUAGAACUAUGUCACACAGGGGUGUAAAAAAUCUCUCCUCACCCCCAGCGAUGCAGUGAUGCCAACCUAACCCCCAGCGCAGAGCAGCACUGUCAACGGAAGGGCGUCUCCCAUCGACAGAGCUACUGCCCCUCGGGGGGUGGCAUACAGGACAGCCGUACCAGUGCAACUUUUAAAUGUAGACCUGCCCUAAGAUUAACGACACCUCCUCCCCUCUGGGCACAUCAGUCACCAGCACUACCGCAGCCCCUUCUCCCCAGGGCACUUCACUCGUCAGCAUUAAUAGCAUCCUGCAUGCGCCUUCCCUGGAGAACUGGCCUGCACUGUGUUUAACCCCCACCCCUCGGGCUCCUCCAGCAGCCCCAGGCCCCAUCGUUCCCGGCCCAGUCCCCAGACGCCUGCCUUCUUGGUGGAGUCACAGCCAAAGGCCUCCCUGCUCUGUAACCUGGCUCUGCAAUAAACCGCCCCCCGUUUUGUACUAGC